AUUUUGGCCAACCUGGAAACUUUGGAACUGUUCGUGCUGGUGUGUGUGUGUGUGUGUGUGUUUUUGUGUGGUGCUGUUUGGGCGGUUUGGCGGGUCAUACUUUGGUCAUAUUAUACGGCUCUGGGUCAUAUCAUACACGUGCGACGCUGCGCGUGGAAAAUCACGUGAUGUCAAAUUAACCGCAGGUUGAGUUGGUACCCGCCAAGCCCGCUCACUCCCCCCAAACAACCUAAUCAUGGCCCAGCAAGAGCGGUAUCAAAGCCUGGUGAAGUUUCGUCAGGCGGUGUUUUCGAAGGACAAGAUUGCGAGUGAGAGUUCCCAGUUUCACUACUCGGAUGUUGUGAAGGCCUUAAUGAACGAUCGUGCUGAAGAGCAGCUUCAAAUCAACCUGAUGCUUAUGCUACAGGAGGGUAGCAACGAUUUCCUGACGAAGAUGACUACUUACGAGGCUGUGGAGUCACUGAAGAGCUGCUUCUCCCAACUGAAGAGAACGAGCAGAUACAACCUACAGAGCCACAUCCUAGUCACAGUGACGUCCAUUCUUCUUAAUGCGGACGCAUCGGACGACACUCAGCUGUCGGAGUUUGUGGAACUGCUAGUGGAGAGCGUCGUCCAGGUGAAGCGAAACCACCCUUUGGUGCGGUCCACGGGAUGCAACUGCCUCAGGGAAAUUGAGUUUUUCUUCCCCGGCACCAUAGCCAAGCACCUGGAUGAGCUGUGGGGUGCACUGGCCAAGGAUACCUCGUGGGCCUCGCAGGCGUUGGCCCAGCUUGUGGCACUGGCCUUGGGCACAUUGGAAGGUUCGUGUAGGAGCGGCUUACACGAUGUGCCUGUGCUUUUGAGCCAGUUGCCCCUGAUGACACCCAUGACUGCUGGAACUCUGCUGCGCAGCCUCCUCGCUGUUGCUCAGGACACAAAUGCACUUCCCCCCGGGGUGGUGAAGAUGUGUUCCUCGCAGUACACACUCUGUUACGAGCUGCCCCUGGCACAUUUUGUGCUGACAGCCGAGGAGCAGCCCCCCAUGGAAGCUCUGGAGCAUCUGCGCAGGGCCCUGACCAGUGCACAUGCCGGCUGCCGCGGGCUUGUCUUGAGCUGGCUCGGCUCGUCGCUGCGGCGUCUGGGGACACACGAAUUGGCACAGGGCUCCCGGUGGAGCCUGGCUUUACUGCCUGCACCCGGAGCAGACGCACAGCUGCAGGGCCUUCAGCUUCAGGCAGCUCUGGCUGAUGGUCUGGCGACCGCAUCAGCUCCAGAAGAGGCCCUAGCCACGGUGGUGGUCCACCUCCGGAGCUUUGGGCGAUGGGCCGCUGCCGUGCCCAGCCGCUUCCCGCUGCAGCUGCUGCUUCAUAUCUUGUACCGGCUGUAUGCGGACUCGAGGGAAUCUGCCCUGGCUUCCAGUGUGGAUGAGGAGCUGUCACGUCUUGUUGUAAACAUGACCAUGUUGCCACCGUUCUAUUGCCGGAGCCUUCUGAGCUUCCUCAGCUGCAUUGAAGUCAAGUUUCCUGACAGCAUGCUGCCGGAGAGUGUGCUGGCACAGGCGGUGGAGACAGUGGCGCAGCCCAGCCGAGCACAGUGCCUGGAAGCUGGUCUCGAGAGUUCCCUGCUGGUCCUAGGUGUGGCGGUGCAGCGGCCGGUGCACGUUUUCAAGCCCAAGCUGGUGUUCAGAUACAUCCAGAGGCUUGUCUCGAGCCGGGGGCUUUCUGCACGUCGCACCUGGCUGUUGGGCAACCAACUGAUUGACCUGUGCUGCAGCAUCAUGCUCUACCAGGCCCCAGAUUCACUCAGCUCAGAGUUGCGAGGUGUGCUCUGCUACCUGAUGGAGUCGUCGGAGGACGUGGACGUGCAGAGUCGCGCCAAGCUCCUGUAUGCAGCCCUGUACGCCCUGUCAGAGUCCAAGGCGAGGCAGCUGCUGCAGCUGUGCUCCAACGGCCCGGUGAGGGACAGGGAGCUGGACUGCAGCACCCUCUCAUUGGCAACUUUUCCGGUGGCUACCAUGGUGGCCAGCCCUCCGGUAGAAGUGGUGCGCCUCUCGAGACUGGAUCGACCGCACUCUUCACCCACGUCCACGGUCGAGGACGGCAUGUUAAAGUGUUCCGACGAGAAGGCGUUGACCCUGGAGCCAGGAGCACUGGUGCACUACAGGGCUUUUCUGGAGAAGCACUUCAUUCACAGUGUCAGCAUCGCAUGUCUGCUCUCACUGGGCUCACCGAAUCCGCAGUUGAACUGCCUGCUUGGACUGCGACUCAGCCUAAGCGCUCCGGCAGAUUGGGGCGUCGCUCAAGGUCUGGAAAUGCCCGUCUUUUGGGGGGAGGAAAACGGUACCACCGUGGCCGUCUCGCUGUCACCUAAAGUGGCAGCAUCCUGUACCAUCACCGUCACGGCGGAGUUCACGGCGUUGGACCUGAGCAGCUACAGGUGUCUCUUGGACCCCCUGCAAGUGCACUUUGAGGACCUGUUGCUUCCAAUGCCCGUGCCCGAACCUGUAUCCCCACAGCUCUGGAGGGGGCUCGUCUUCGACACGCUGUGGCAAGAAUGCAGCGCAGCACCAGAAGCCCAGCAGUCGGUGCUCCGACUGGCGUCGCUAGUGCCUGGCCCGGAGCUGUUGAAGCAGCUGUCCGAGCGCCUGGCCCCCUGGCUGGUGUGCCGAGAGCCCAGGAAGGGCAGCCUGCACGCCAUCUUCCUGGCCCCUCAGCGGAGGCACAUCCUGCUGGCAGUGGACAGCCUGGCUGGUCAGCUGGUGGCGUCGCUCCUGGUCGAGUCCUGGCAGCUGCUGGCCCCUGUGCAAGUUUUUUUGGAGAAGCUUUGCUCACCAGAGAGCCGAUGCUAGGCCGGCCUCCAGAACCUCGGCCUGAUUUUUCUCUCGAACAGCCCCGUGCCUCAACACCAGACUUUCUCGGGUGUUUUGUGCUCGCCUGACUGCCAAUGUGCCUUCCGACGUCUGCUGGGGGGACUACAGGUCCCAGGUGUGCAGGUGCCUGGACUAGCCAAUUUAGACAAAGAUGUAAAAAUGUUUCCCAUUGCUAUAUGCAGAAUUAUUUUCCUAUUACGAGGUGCGUGGAGAAAGUAGGUUCCGUUCUCGCGUGUGCCCCCGCAAGCGUGUUGACUUUUGUGUCAUGCAUGCACGGUUGUGCUCCUUUAUGUGUUGGUCACACACUAAUGCUAAUUUGUGACAUGGAUUUUUUUUUAUCUUUUGUUUUUUGCAUCAAUUCCGUUUAAGUUGUAGAACGGCCUGCCCACUCUGAAGUCCGGUCUGUAGUAAGAUUUUUAAAUUCCACAAAUGUCGGACCACAUAGGUCGUGAACAAAUUAUCGAUAGAUUUUCAAUAUUUUAGAUUAAAUGCAAUGAGCGAACGAAUGGUACAGUAUCAAGUAUGAAUGUUUCAUGAAGGGCAACAGAGCAUUCGCAGCACAACACAAUGCAGAUCAAUAAGUGUUAAAUUGUUGCAAAAACUUUAUUACAAAUAGUCAAUAAAAAUCAUUUUGGAGAACCGGUGUUUUACAACUUCUGAUCUCGCAACACGUCCCCAAAGUUCUGGAAUCAUUGCUUCACAUAAUGGUUAGAAAAAACUUGAGUAGCACAAAUGAUCUUCUAGGUGAGGGCUAAAGAUGUUGGCUCGGGACUCGGGUGGCAGACCUCUGCGAGGAGGAUAUCCCAAAACUUGUUCACAAUAUGACAGAGGUCUUAACAUUGAAUGGGAUUACGUCAAAUCCUUGAUUAAGGUAUGCAGAAUUUAGUGAAAAUAAAGCAUUUCACAAUGUUGCCUAUAGUUUCUGAUCCUAAAACGGUACUUACUUUCUGGACAUGCCUUACAUUACUUUUGUAUUUUUUACUCCUUAGUGACACUGCGGACUGCUUCGUAAUAGUCUGCUGGGCCCACAUACAAACAUGACGAGUAAAACGCUAUGGAAAUACAUGAUUCAUAUACUAAUCCUAUACAGUUUGGUGAAAGUAAAUGAGAAGUGAUAGAUCCAGUUGCGUACAAAAGAUUCAAGGGUUAGAGCCGCCUAAAAAGAAAAGUUUUUUUUUUUAAUCAGUUUACAUUUGGUUUUGGCUAUAAAGCAUGGACAAUAUACCAAGGUUGGCUGUGAUAAAUAUCUGGAGGCAAUGCAAGUGGGAAAUGCUCGACCGAAUUUGUAAGAGGGUGUUACCGAGCUCUACCCCUUCUUUGCUGAUGGUAGGACCAUGACCUACUGUUAUUUAUUGCAAUGUAGAUCAUGGGUAGGUUAGUUUUAUCAAAUGCGGCCUAGUUUUGCAAAGGCCCUAGAUAAUUGUGUUCCAAAUGACCUGCGAGAGUUCACAAAAAGAGCCGGCAUAAUUUCAGAAUUGGUGUGUGUAUGGUCAAGUCGAUUCCGAAUUGUGGUGUGCCCAAGUGCGAGUGUUGUGGAAAGGGUUUGGGACUCCACUAGUCAUGUGCGAAUAGUGGAUCUUGAGCUCGAAGUGAAUAGUGAUUUUGGCCGAAUAUUUUCGAAGCGAAUAUAGAAUAUUUUCUCCAUGCUUUUCACUAGUGCACCACGAAUUUAAACAAAAGCCCAGAUAAACUUGAGAAGGUUGUUCCCAAGCUUCCACUUGUUCAUUUCUAAGCUAAUUUUAAUCCACUUAUAUUUAUAGACUGCAGCCUCAGGAAGUCCAAUGCCUACAUUGGGAUAGCAAGUAAAUGAACACAUUUUACAUAAAAUUAAACCUAGAGAUGCUCACCUAUACCUAAUAUUGAGACUUGGAAACUAUCUUGCUGUAUACAAGCAUCCUCUUUUAUAUCUAGAAUUUGAGAAAAUAAAGCGAGUGAAUGAUGAA